UGGUGGCAGUAAGAGAAGUACAUUGAAACACAUUUGUCAGUGAAAGCGAUUGUUGGCCAGGUGGAUCGUUGUGAUGACUUGUUUGAUUAAACGUGAACAAUGUUUAAUCUUUUACGAAGUCUAAUUUUCGGAGUGUUUCUUAGCCUUGUAAACACUAGUAUGCCUAAUUCAUGGUAUGAAAAUUUACCCGCGGUGGCCUUAGAUUAUAAAGUUUAUAUCGAUGCUGGAAAAGAAGAUUGUUACUUUCAAUAUGUUGAUGCUGGUGCUACUUUCUAUGUAAAUUUUCAGGUAGUACGUGGUGGAGAUGGAAAAGCUGGUUUUGCAAUAAGAAAUCCAAAUGGAAUAAUAGUUCAUCAUUAUCAGUGGCUUUCUAAUUCAGAUUAUCAAGAUACUGUGAAAGAUGCUGGUUAUUACAGUAUUUGUAUAGAUAAUCAAUUUUCCAGAUUUGCACCAAAAUUAGUGAACUUAUAUAUCACAGUGGUUAGGUACGAUGAAUGGGAUAAAUAUUCAAGGGAGCUGGAGGAAUUAAAUCUUUCCGUAGAAAACUUCACAUCUGUAAUAACAAAUGUAGAGAGAAACAUUAAUAAGAUGCUUCAGACUCAGCAUUUGAGCAGAAGUAGAGAAGCUCGAGAUUUAAAUUUGUUAUUGGAUAACAAUUCUUAUGUCCAAACAUGGUCUAUUGCACAAAUAAUUGUCAUAAUGGUAACAACAGCUAUCCAGGUAUAUUUUGUAAGAAAAUUAUUUGAAGUAAAACCAUCUAGAUAUUCUAGGGCAGGUAUAUAGAUAUCAUUAAAAUACACUGUAAUGUAUG